GGCCGGGCCGGCCUGGACAGCGGUCGGCGGCAGGUGGCGGCGGCGGCGGCCUGGCCCGGGAUGGCGAUGUUCCGCAGCCUGGUGGCUUCGGCUCAUCAGCGGCAGCCGCCGCCCGGGCCUGCGGGCGGCGACAGCGGCCUGGAGGCGCAGUACAGUUGUCCCAUCUGCCUGGAGGUGUACCACCGGCCGGUGGCCAUCGGCAGCUGCGGCCACACGUUCUGCGGGGAGUGCCUCCAGCCAUGUCUGCAGGUGCCAUCCCCUCUGUGCCCGCUCUGCCGCCUGCCCUUUGACCCCAAGAAAGUGGACAAAGCCACUCACGUGGAGAAGCAGCUCUCGUCCUACAAGGCUCCCUGCCGGGGCUGCAACAAGAAGGUGACCCUGGCGAAGAUGAGAGUGCACGUGUCCUCGUGCCUGAAGGUCCAGGAGCAGAUGGCCAACUGCCCCAAGUUUGUCCCCGUGGUGCCCACCUCCCAGCCCAUUCCAAGCAACGUCCCCAACAGGUCCACCUUUGCCUGCCCCUACUGCGGCGCCCGCAACCUGGACCAGCAGGAGCUGGUGAAGCACUGUGUGGAGAGCCACCGCAGCGACCCCAACCGAGUGGUGUGCCCCAUCUGCUCAGCCAUGCCCUGGGGUGACCCGAGCUACAAGAGCGCCAACUUCCUGCAGCACCUGCUGCACCGGCACAAGUUCUCCUACGACACCUUCGUGGACUAUAGCAUCGAUGAAGAAGCUGCCUUCCAGGCUGCCCUGGCCCUGUCCCUCUCUGAGAACUGAAGGCACAGCCGGCUCCCACCCACGCCAGGUCCAGCGGGGCUGCCCUUGGGCCAGGCACCAAGAGCCUUCGGGCCCAAAGCCCCCUCAGCCGUCAGCAGGCCGCCCAGAUGCCGGCUGCAGCCCUGGGUCAUCGGUGCUUUGCGGGGCAGGUGCCGGCUGCCUCUUGAAGGACUCGGAGCAGUCGGCUGCCUCUUGAAGCCAUGACGCUGUCCCUGCGUGACGGACAGGGUGCCCGGCUGUGCUGCAGCAGGAGAGCCAGAGGAGCGGCCCGGCCAACCCCAGCCUGACCCGGCCCCCGGCUACGCUUCCACCGUGCGCAUUUGGUACUGGCUUUUGUGAUACUUAGAAACCCUGGCGUUUUUCUAUCUUAUCCCAUGUGAUAACCUUUUCACAUUUUAUAGAGCAAAGACAAAGCAGCUACACUUCAUACUGCAAUAUCUGUGUUGACUAGGAAGAAUAGUAUUUUUAUGGAACAUUUACAAAAUUAUAUUUUUUAAGAAAAAGCAAUCAAAACUAACCUUUGUGUGGGAGCAGAGGGGAGGAGUGAGGGGCACAGCCGGAGCCAGACAGGCUGGGGUCUCCCUGGGCCUGGCAGGCAGCGUCCCCGGCCACCUGCCGCUGAGCUCACGGGGACCUUGCUUUCAGCUUCUCCCCACUGACAUCCAGGAAGUGGCCCCAGUACCCUGGCCGUGGUGCUGGCCUCCUGCCUGUUCCUCACCCUGGUGGCUGCUACCCCAAUCGUAGCCAGUUCUUGGGGUCCAGGCAGGGGCCUGCUUGGGGGUGGUCAGGCCAGAGAACACUGCUCAGUGCUUCCGUUCUGUUCAUGGCAUAAAUUAUUCUGUCUUUUCAAAGUUUUCAAUAAAACGAUUCCAAGCACCUGCA